CUUACCUAACAUUUCAUAUCUUAAGCCAACCUUCACCGAUCGAAACGUAUAAAUUUCGAUCUAUUCGAAAAUGAGGAGAAAAAAUAUUCCUUCUCCCAACUCUAAGAAAUACGGUGUCCCUUUGUAUUCAGUCGGUUGGGUUCUUAUUAGAUUCAAGGAUCGAGAUCGAUCCGGCGAUAAUGGUGAAGUUUCCAACUCGACUCAGUACUACGUCGUUUUGGCCGGCGGUGGCGGCGAGGGACGGAGUGGUAUCCCUAACGCCGUCCUUAUCUCCUCCUUCGAUUCCGACACCAAUUCCCUCUCCGAUCAUCCCGUGUUUAAGCUUGAAACUAGAUCUGAUUUGCCGUAUAGAACAGCGGUUCAUCCGAACGGAGACGGAGUCCUUUGUUCAUUCCCCAAUAGUUGCAGAUGGUAUGAAAUGGGUGAAAAGGGGAGUGAGGAACUUUAUAAAUUAAUUUUAAAGGAGUCUGAUAAACUGCAGCCCCGGUUGGAAGAUGUUGGACAGCAAUUAUCAUUAGUGUUUAACAAUGAGGGUUCUGCACUUGCUGCUGGUGGUGAGGAUGGAAAUUUAAGGGUCUUCGAAUGGCCUAGCAUGGUUAUUAUUCUUGAUGAGGCCAGUGCUCAUAAAUCUGUGAAGGAUCUAGAUUUCAGCCCCGAUGGGAAGUACCUUGUCUCCUUAGGAAACAGUGGUCCUGCUAAGGUUUGGGAUCUGACUUCCAAAACAACCACAGCUUCUCUUCCAAAGGAAAAUGAUGAAGUUUUCUGCUUUUGUAGAUUCUCUGUGAGUAAUGAUGCGAAUCAGGUUCUAUAUAUUGCUGCAGCGACAGGUAAAGGUGGAAGCAUUGUAACAUGGGAUACAAAAACAUGGAAGAGGAUUGGAUCGAAGACUGUAGUACGUGAUACAAUUUCGGCCUUCAGUGUUUCACCAGAUGGAAAGUUCCUUGCCUGUGGGACAACUCAAGGUGAUGUUUUUAUUUUAAAUUCAGCCAGCAAGCAGGUUCAGACAGUUGUUAGGAAAGCACACCUUGGCUUUGUAACUGCACUUUCAUUCUCGCAUGACUCAAGGGCUUUGGCAUCUGUAUCCCUGGACUCAAGUGCAAGGGUCACACUAAUUGAGGAAAAGAAGGAAGCUGGAGAAUUGAGCUUGUGGGUUGUGUUCGUCAUUUUACUUGCCGUCGUUGCUUAUUUUAUGAAGAAUCAAGGAAUCCAGCUAGGGGCUACAGUUUUGAAGAUCUUUAAGAGCUUGUAGGGUAAACUUACCGUGGAGUUCUUAAAAUUCUCUGUGACGAGUGGAAUAGAUUUGUCACGUGGGAUUAUAAAAACUACAGGGUAGAGUUAUCUCAAAGAACUUCAAGAAUCCUACUCUGCUCGAAUCGGACAAUUCUAUACAGGAGAACAGGCUACUUUGGAAGGCACAGUAUUUUCAAAGGAAGUGUUGUUUUGGCACUCUUCAAUUCUGUGAACAGGAGCCGUUUGGUUGAAGAUUUCUAGUAUCGCUGUUUGGUUGAAGAUUUUUAUUAUCGUUGUUUAAAAUACUUGAAAACUUUGGUUUAAAAAAUGUUGUGAAAGCACAUGUUUACAGUAUUCAUAAAGCAAAUAAUGUAUUUGGUAUCAUGUUUGAAAUAACAUGCUUUAGUAUGUGAAAAAAUAUAAUUGUGUGUU